CUCGUUAAGGCCAUAUAUUGUUCUAUCGUAUAAUAUUUAUCUCAUUUGUUCGUAUUGUGAGCGUUCUCCAUCGGACGUAUUCUGUUAUUCUCAUGCCGGGAAGCUCAUUGGGUAGAUGUGACGCACGUCAUUUGUCUUGGCAUGGCGUGAAUGGUUGCCAAUCGUCGAUUUGCAUUUUGGCGUCGGUGAGAGUCAUUUCCAUCCAUGAUGCAAGUUAAUUGUGGCGCCGCCUUGUCCGUUAUCGCCUAACAGCGAUUGUGUUGUCCUCAUGGCUCCAAUAACGAUAAAGGCGUUUAUUAAACACGUCCGUCGGUUCCCGUGGGUAACCAAUGUUACGUUGUACGGUUGCCUGUUCGCGGGAGGGGACUUUGUUCACCAGCGGUUUUCUCAACGGGACAAAAUGGACUGGAGCCAUACGCGGAACGUGGCCGUGGUCGCGUUCAGUUUCCAUGGGAACUUCAAUUUCUUCUGGAUGCGCUUUCUGGAGCGCAGAUUCCCCGGGAAUUCCGCCGCGAUGGUGGCGAGGAAGCUGUUCCUGGAUCAGACCACUGCUGCGCCCUUGGCCACCAGCGUCUUCUACACGGGUGUCAGUUUCUUAGAGGGCAAAGACGAUAUCAUGGAAGACUGGAGAGACAAAUUCCUGAACACUUACAAGACUGGGCUAAUGUUCUGGCCCUUCAUGCAGUUUCUAAACUUUGCCUUGGUGCCGCCGUACGUGCGGACUACCUUCAGUGGCUGCUGUGCCUUCAUCUGGGCCACUUUCUUGUGUUUCUCGCGUCAGAGUGGCGACGGCACCGCUGGUGCUGCGCUCGCGUGGCUGUUCCCCCCCAAAGAGGACGGAAUCGAGAAGACAGACGAGGUGAAAAGUAAAGUACUUGCUUCUCAAGAUGCAGCGCUAAAUCCUUCUUCCAAACAUAACUCUGCGCAUGCGCCCUGCAUCCCCUCCAUCCGCACGUCGAGGGACCGAGGAGCCCGGACAAAGAUGCUCGGCAAUCAGGCCGCUUUCUGGGCGAACAUGGAAAUGAAGAAGUCUUUUUCAGACACGGAGCGUGCACUCAGGAACUACGGCGCCGUGUCGCAAACGGCGUGGACGGCGGACAAAGGUCACUGCGAUGUGUCCAUGGCCGAGAGCACGAUGUGUCCAGAGGAGAUUGAGAUGGAGAUGGCUCGGAUCCAGCGCCUUAGGGAGGUCCUAGUGCGUCGGGAGUCCGAGCUGCGCUUCAUGAUGGAUGACAUCCAGCUGUGCAAAGACAUCAUGAGUUUAAAGCAAGAGUUGAGACAAAUUGUUGCAGUACCAGAGAAAGACAAAAGCAAGAAUGACAAACAGCAUGAAGAGGAGCUAAUCCUGAAGAUCCAUAAACUGGUGCAGAAGAGGGAUUUCUUGGUGGAUGACGCAGAGGUGGAGCGAUUAAGAGAGCAGGAGGAGGACAAGGAGAUGGCAGAGUUCCUCAGGCUGAAACUGAUACCAAUGGAGAAGAAGCUCAAAGUCAGACUAAAUCCUCCAAAGCCCAAACGACAACUCCUGGAGCCGCCGCCUAACAAACCCUUCAUCACUAAAUUAGAUGUGGCCAUCAUCAAGGACUGCUGUGGCGCCACCCAGUGUUCCAUCAUGUAAUUGGCAGAGAGAUUCAAUGCCCUCCCCCCACACCCAAAUUCAGCAAACAUUUACUUCCUGUGAAUCAGAGAACCUCUUCAGCUUUGUGUUCCACUCGAAGGUGUCAUGUUUUCAAUGAAAGUACAAAAUGUCAGGGAGGAAAGCGUUUGUCUUAUGUAGUUCGUUGGGUACACAGUAAUCCCCUGUAUAUUCGCGGUUCACUACUGAGAAAGUCACAUUCACAUUGUGUGUGUGGAAUAAAAUAAAAAAAAUAAAAAUAAAAGCCCUGUCUAAAUAGGAAAGUAGGACGUGUAUCACAUAAGGAUGUUGUUGAAGUGAUACAUCUCUACAGAGGGACCAGCUUUUAUGCUUUCAUGUUGGGGAGGAGCCAAGUUUAUCUUCUGCUAUUAGUGGACGUUAUGAGAGUCUUCGCCAAAAUCAAAUUGUGCAAUUUAUUUAUAAAGGUAAUGCCAGAUAAAUGUGAAAUUAUAUUAAAAUGCUUUGGUAUCAGUUUGUUGUAUGGUUUUCAUCUUGUAACUAUUAAUAUAGGAAAUGCUAAACAUAUCGCAGAAAGGCUAGAUUCUUAUCCUCUGUGAAAAGUGGCGUACUGUAGAACUUUAAGGUAAAACAUUGAAAAUUAGCUUUUUCCAUAUCAGUUCCCAUUACAGUGGCAAUAAAAUCUAGAAUCAGUACUACAAGCACAAUUUCCAUUGAGUAAAUUUCAUUUCAUUACUGUACUAGGCUUCUCUGAUCGACAGGCACUCAUUUUUUUGUCAUUUUGGAUUAGCAUGUGGUGAAAAACGUCAGCUACGGAUGUAUGCAAAUUAUGCCAUGUGGAUGUUUGGUACUGAAGCUUAACAGCACCUGCUGUACAGUUGCCUCCAAAAGUAUUGCAACGGCAAGGUUAAUUCCUUUGUUUUUGUUGUAUACUGAAGCCAUUUGAGUUUCAGAUGAAUAGACGAAUAUGAGACAAAAGUUCAGAAUUCCAGCUUUCAUUUCAUGGUGUUUACAUCUAGAUGUGUUAAACAACUCAGGACAGAGCACCUUUUGUUUGAAGUCACCCACCUUUCAAGUGAGCAAAAAUAUUGAGACAGACAUUACUAAAUUAAAGUGAAUAACAUUUAACAUUUGGUGGCAUAAUCCUUACUUGCAAUAACUGCAUCAAGCCUGCAACCCACUGACUU